AUGGAGAGGGGAGUGGACCGAAAACCCUUUGCUAGCGAAGAUGAUUUCGCAAAAGCGAGGGGGUAUUGCAACAGAGAAUUUGAUGAUGAAAAGAUUCUGAUUCAGCAUCAGAAAGCCAAGCAUUUUAAAUGCCACAUAUGUCACAAAAAGCUCUACAUAGGACCUGGAUUGUCCAUUCACUGCAUGCAGGUUCACAAAGAAAAAAUAGAUAAAGUGCCAAAUUCGCUGCCAGGGAGAAAUAACUGUGAAAUAGAAAUCUACGGAAUGGAGGGAAUUCCAGAGGAAGAUAUAAAAGCACAUGAAAAACAGAAGCAGGGGAAUGAAGGAGAGCCUCCCGGUAAGAAGUUGAAGGAAGAUACAGACAGUAAUGAUGGAAUGCCUGGUCCCUCAGGCAAUCAAAACCCCCAGGUACCCCCACCGUACGGCAUGAACAGAAUGCCAAUGCCUCCUGGUAAUAUGCCUUAUGGCAUGCCUCCCAUGCCCCCUAUGGGGCCUCCUGGGCCUAUGGGUCCAGGUCCAAUGAUGGGACCAAUGGGUCCUAUGGGGCCAAUGGGCCCUAUGCCACCAAUGGGACCAAUGGGACCUAUGGGUAUGCCCCCUAUGCCUGGGAUGCCUCCACGCCCUAACUUUAUGCCCAAUGGACCUCCAUCCACUAUGCCCGGGACCAUGCCUGAUGAGUACGCAGAGUGGACCCGCAAACCACUAUUUCCCUCAGCACAGCUAACUUUAAGGCAGCACCACAUGGCUGCCCCUGUGAGAGCACGUUCCCCGCUGCUGCGGCGGCCCUCUCCAACUAAAAUCAAUAACAGUUUUACCAUAACGGGUUACCCCCCAAAUAAAGAAACGAGUCUAGUUCAGGAGGAAAAAAGAGCCAUGAUGCCCAAAUCUGAAAGGCAUGGGGAAUUUAAAUCCCAAAUGAUGAUGCAUGUACCAUAA